UGAGGAGGAGGAACUCGGGUGGUCCUGGAGCUAUCUCGCCAUCUGCGUCUUCAUGCCGAUGUUGAACGGCUUUAUCAACGGCUACUCGUGGGGUGGCUAUGCUUUGUACUACACCAGCAUGGGCUGGCCCUUGUCAAGGUCAGGGGCAUCUUGCCUCAUCGGCUUCGGCAUCCGACCUCUCUUUCAACAGAUUCAGAUCCGCUGUGGCUUUUGGGCCAUCAUCCCGUUGAGUGUGGUGCACCUGGCAGGGGCGAUCUUGGGGCUCAUCUACACGACUGAGGAGUGGGCCGUGAGCUUGGAGAUGGGCAGUUGGAUUGCCUUCGAACCCGCCAUCACCUGGGAGGGUUUGGCCUUCGACGUCUUCGGCAAAUCGGAACUCAUGGCGCGGCAAGCGUCAUCCACCCAGUUGGCCGUGUACACCUUUUCUUGUGCCUUUGGUGUGACCAUCGGAGGAAUCAUCUAUGAUUUCGCCGGUUGGCAGGGCAUGUCGGUCUUUCACGUGGUCUGUCAAGCUUUAAUGCUUGCCCUCUUCAUUGCCCAGCCUUCAUGUCAAAACUCCUUCCGCGAGUUCUUCACCAAGACCUCGACCUCAGAGAUUGAGGACACCAGUUUGCACCAUUCUCCCGAGCCCACCUCAGUGGUCCCCACAGAGCCUGCGCACAAAGCUCCUGCCAGCGAUUUGCCCAUGGUGCUUGAAGACAUUGAAGAGCUUCCAGGUGAAGUGCCUGAAGAGAAGACAUUGGCCAAUAGAUCGGAAGCGCCACGGGUCAGCGAGUGCCAGACGAGCCCGCCAGCCAGACCCUCUGCCGGUCAGAGGAGAUCCGCACGCCAGAGUUGCAAGUCGAAUCAGUCAGGGCCCAUGCGCCACUCACUGGUCUCGCAGGGGUCGCGGCAGACGCACCAGACACGGGUGACGCUUCGAACGACGAAGUCUUCGAAGACCAAGACGAGCAAAGGCACCAAGGGCACCAUGCUGUCGCGCGUCACGGCCUUGACGAACCUGAAGGAUUCGGAAAACUUCCAGCACAGCUUCAUGGCGAACAACGCUCUGAGACCCACCCUGGCCCAACGAGCAGGUGAACGUAACGGGCCAGACACAGGCCACGAGGAGGUGAAGGUCACCAAUGUCAAGUCGACCUCCAAAGCCGUUCCGAGGGAUCUCCGGCUUCCAGCGCUCAUGGUGAUGUUAUGCUGCUUCAACAACAACCUGAGCUAUAUGUUUGAGUUCAGCACCUUUGCGGUUUUUUUCAAAGAGUACCACGGUUGGAACGACGCCAUGUUGGCCAGUUUUGCUCAGACAGCGGGAGACUUGACAGCAGGCGUUAUGAUGAAGGUGUUUGGAGCUCAGACAGAUGAUGACGAGGACGCAGGAGUCUUGCGCAGGCUGAUCAAGCAACCCUACAGCUUAGCCUGCUUGCUUGUUGGUUGGAGCCUUUGCAACUUGGGGAUGACCUCCCCCUGGUUGCCACUGGCAGUCACAGCACAGGUGCUGAUGGGCACGGUGUAUGUUUACACUUGCAAGCUCACGAGUGACCUGAAUCUCUUCUACUCCCUGGGUGAUCAAUCCGUUUUCCUUUCUCUUCAGGUCUACUGCAAGAACAUGGAGGCCCUGGGGGGGUGCCUCGCCAGCUUCCUUGGUCCUUUGCUGGUCGAAACCGUGUCUCCCUUCGCCCCCUUCUUCGUGAGCACCGCCUUGGCCACAGUGACUUUCAUCCUCUUCACCUUGGGCUUCUGCCACCGCUUGGGCUUCCCGCCCGACAUCGAAGUGGCCGAAGCAAGACGUGCCCGUCGCCUGGGCCUGCGCCGGGUGAGUGCCUGGAGCGUGAUGAGCCGGAAGAGCACGGUGAUGAUGGAGCAGGAGCCAUCGGCUGCUUGCACUGAGUCUGAGAAAGUGACCAGUGUUGCGGAGGUGCCGAGCUCGAUCUCGGCUCCUGCUGGAGCAUGGGGCCAGGCCACGAAGACCGCAGAGGUCUGACUAAGGCAGCUAUGGCCUCCACCCUAGUAGCGAUGGCCUCUACGGAAGCAGGGGGAUGAGGCCACGAAGACCGCAGAGGUCUGACCAAGGCAGCUCAGGCAGUCGUGCAGACACUGAGGAGGGGGAGGAGGUCAAUCGAACCCGAUUGUGUGAGCCUCUCUUGGCUGGUCAAACCAGGAUGACCGAAAGUGUUGGAGUUUGUUAUAUGGAGGACGAAGAGAUUUGUACUCAGGAGAAGUACUAGAAGGGCUGAUCUCUUAAGCUUUGUGAUAUGUUCUUUUGGUUUGACUAGAUUUAUGUGUGUAUGCGCCGCCUAGGUCCUGGUAUGUAGGUCGAAUUGACUUCAAAACUAGACGACGGUUAACCCGAGAGCGAGAAAGGUGAUUAUGCUUAUUCGUUUUCGUAAAAAACCUUCACAGACGCUCUCGGGAAACAAGCAUGUACUCUAUUGAAGAUUGUAUGGAUGGGCAUGAUGGGCAGAGCGGUUUGCUCGUCUUGGACCUUGGCGCAUUGACUGAAGCCACUCGGCUGUAAAGCAGGCCAAGUGUUCUUCUUGGUAAUGGAUCCUCAGCUGCAAAAUGUGUCCAGCUGUAAAGAAUCUAAGGGUUGAGUUCGAGCUGUCAAGCAAAGUAUGGUUUUGAAUUUCAAUUUGUCUUGUGAGCUUGGAAUGUUCAUA